AUGGUCACCGUGGCGCCGCUCAAGCCGGAAGGCGUGCAGGACUGGCUGGGCAAGAAGCUCGACUGGAAUCCGGCCUUUAUUCCCUCGUCCCAGCGCCCGGCCCCGCCGCCGCCCCUGACCCUCGCCUCCGACCACUCUUCGCUCGACGACCACCGCAGGGCGAGCGUCGUCAACGUGCCGGACAAGGGCGGGUACCUCAUGCUCGUGCCGCCCUCGCGCAAGCUGCACAUUCCCAAGGUGGCUCUGCCCUACUGCGACUCGACCACGCCCACGCUGCGGCGCAUGACGCACUACGCGACCAAGAGCGCCGGCGAUGCCUCGGGAACCACCUCCGACGGCGACACCCUCGACCAAGACGACGUGGACAGCACCGAAUUCUCGGGCACGUCCGAGAUCCCCUCGUCCACCAACGUCGACGACACCUUCUCGCCCAUGACCGACAACACCGAAGACGACGAAGAGGACACCGAGACGGAGACGGUGCGCGAUGUCGACAUGGACGACGAGGAGCGGGAGAGAGCGGAGAAGGAGGGCGCCAAGCCGGGCGAAGGCGAAAAGCAGGAGAAUGAGACGCCCGCCGAGUCCAACGAAGAAACCCUGGCCACCAUCUCCUCCGAGCGGAACAAGAUCACCAACGCCCGCGAGGGAAUGAGGCGGAUGCUGCUGCUCAUGGACCUGGGCCGCUUCAACUCUGCGUUCGACCACGCCGACCUCUCCAUCCGCCUCCUGCGCAAGGACGCCGAGGAGCGUCGGAGGGAGAUCAAGUUCUGCGCGUCGUACAAGCUCGCCCUGUCGCUGCUGCUCAAGAUCAAGCAGCUCCAGCGCCUGGCGCGCGAGGGCACCCCCUCCUCCUCCUCGUCGUCGUCGUCGCUGUCGUCGGUCGUCGCCUCCACGGCCAAGCUGCUGCGCGACAAGAACCCGGCCAGUGGCCUGGCCCUCAUCUCGCGCCACCUGACCGAGGUCAGGCUCGACCCCCGCCACGGCGCGCUGCUGCUCAGCCUCGUGGUCGGCAUCCAGAUGGACCUCGGGAACUUCAACUAUGCGGCCGGCCUGGUCCGCCGCCUGCUCGCUGCACAGCUCGAGGCGGCGGCGGCCGACGACGCGUCGGCGGACAGGGCGGCGCUGCUCGAGAAGCUGCGCGAGUGCGAGGAGCGCGGAGGGCGCGGCGGCGCUGGCGGCGAUGCGGUGCCGAUUCCCUACAAGUGCGUGCGCUGCGGGCACAUCCACGCGGGCAAGGUGCCCGGCAGCCACUGCGACAAGUGCCGCGCGCCCAUCCGCUUCUGUCACUCGUCGUACGAGCUGAUCGGCCGCUCGCACUUCUACGCGUGCCGCCUGUGCGAGGCCACCUACGCGCACGACACCCCCAAGUGCUCACUGUGCCUCUCGGCCUCGAGCCCGCUCUCGCCUCGCCGCGUCACCACCCCCGCCCAGUGA